UGCUUGAUUUUUUUUUUUUUUUACUUUCUCACAUCAAUGUACAAAAUGAACAUCUUACAGCAGUCAGAUUCAUGUGAACUUAUGCUGACAUAAUAUAUAUUAUUUUCUCAUUCCUGCACUACAGAUCAUUUUCUCUGACACAAUUUACAAAGACAGUAUGCGUUGGACCUGUUCAAGACCUACAAAAGCAUUAUAUCGUGUAUACAGCAGGAAUUAUAACAUUUGAUUUGAAAAAAUAAAAGUUAAAAUUUUAUCGUUGAUGAUCCUUAUUAUCUUUUUGGAAAAAUGUCUCAUCUCCGUUGCUCGUGUGAAGACACUUCCAUUUCCAACAUACAUGCGUUUCCAUCUGUGCCAAUCCACGCGUCACCACAAUCAAAACAAAUCCACCACGCGUGUUUUUCCCGCAAAAGUGACGUCAUGACAGCCACUCAAUUGGGCUCUUGAAAUCGCAAGAGUGCAUCUUCACCCAAGUGCUAAAUAAGAGGAGGGUAUUUUAAGAUAACAUGCCAGACACACCUUACAUUUUAUUGGUUUCGUUUAAAGAUUAAGCACACACACUUCAGGCAGGAAUUUGCGCUUGAACGGAAAUGUAGUCAGAGAGGCUGCUCGCGAGGCGGAAGUGAGGUUAGAGCGGCAGCAGUCUGCUUCGUCCAUGUUAUUAUUGUUAUUUUGGCUGUGUGAUGGUUCACAGCGGAGCGCACGGACGGCGUCCAGCCCGGGAUUUCUCCGGUUACCAGCACAGACAUGAACCGCUAGCAAGUCACUCGUUACAUCUGCGCUUCUGUCCCGCGAUAGUUUGAUCACCAACGCUGACAAAACGCCCAAACGUUGCUGUGCGCAGCGCUCGCGUCGGACUGUCUUUAUUGUUGACUGCAACAGACAUGAACGGCAUCACCAAGAGCAGAUUUGAGGUGUUCUCAAACAGUGAUGAGGCCCCAAUCAACAAAAAACUUCCUAAAGAGCUUCUGCUCAGGAUUUUCUCCUACCUGGAUGUUGUUACAUUGUGUAGGUGUGCUCAAGUAUCAAAGGCAUGGAAUGUCCUCGCGUUAGAUGGAAGCAACUGGCAGAAGAUUGAUCUCUUCAACUUUCAGACAGAUAUUGAGGGUCGAGUGGUGGAGAACAUCUCAAAGCGAUGUGGAGGUUUUUUGAGGCAGCUCAGUCUAAGGGGCUGCCUCAGUGUGGGCGAUGCCUCCAUGAAGACCUUUGCUCAGAACUGUCGCAACAUUGAGCAUCUGAACCUCAACGGCUGCACCAAGAUCACAGAUUCCACUUGCAUCAGCCUUAGCAAGUUCUGCUCCAAACUUCGUCACCUUGACCUGACCUCUUGCGUGUCUAUCACCAAUCAUGCACUUAAGGCCUUAAGUGAGGGCUCCCGGAUGUUGGAGAAUCUGAACCUGUCCUGGUGUGAUCAGAUCACGAGUGAUGGCAUUGAGGCUCUCACCCAUGGAUGCGCAGGCCUCAAAGCUCUGUUCCUGAGAGGCUGCACACAGCUUGAAGAUACUGCACUGAAGCACCUUCAAAAGCACUGUCCUGUUCUCAUGACAAUCAACAUGCAAUCCUGCACACAAAUCACAGAUGAUGGCUUUGUGAGUUUGUGCCGGGGCUGUCACAAACUACAGAUGGUGUGUGUGUCUGGCUGCAGCAACAUUACAGAUGCCUCCCUGACCGCACUCGGCCUCAACUGCCAACAGCUCAAGAUCCUAGAGGCUGCUCGCUGCUCACAUGUGACCGAUGCUGGUUUUACUGUUCUAGCCAGGAAUUGUCAUGAUUUGGAGAAGAUGGAUUUAGAGGAAUGUAUUUUGGUGACUGAUAACACUCUGGUUCAGCUCUCAAUCCACUGCCCUCAGCUGCAGGCGCUGAGCCUGUCUCACUGUGAGUUGAUAACAGAUGAUGGAAUCAGACACCUGAGCAGCAGUGCGUGUGGUCAUGAGCGUCUGCAGGUCGUGGAGUUGGACAACUGCCCCUUGAUCACAGACAUCACACUGGAACAUCUCAAAAGUUGCCAGCGUUUGGAACGCAUUGAGCUCUAUGACUGCCAGCAGGUCACCCGCGCGGGCAUCAAACGCAUUCGGGCUCACCUUCCUGAUAUCAAAGUCCACGCCUACUUUGCCCCAGUCACACCCCCUCCCUCAGUGCAUGGAAGUGGCCAGCGUCUCUGCCGAUGCUGUGUCAUAAUCUGACAGGAGGAGCCUCUGAGAGAUGCCAUAAAAAGUCAAGCUGUCAGUCAACCUCUAAACUCUGCCCUGUCCUGGCUCCACACCACUAUGAGACACUGUGUGGGGAUGUGGCUAUGGGAGGCAUGGCUUGUUCGCUGAGCAGUUGCCUGGUAGCAGGAUGACCUGAACAAGUUACACAAAAUAAAUACAAUGCAACGUGACAUAUAAAUACUAUGUACAUACAAUACAACCUACUGGAUAUACAAGAAGAAAAUCAAGGAGCUACCAUGUAAAAUAUUUCAUAUUUGGAUAUAUAGAAAACAAAUCUGAGGAAGUACUUAAAGCAUUAUGGAACUACACAAUAUGGAAUGAAUACACAAAGAACUUUGUUUGAGGCAUGUUUAAUGCCGUAAUGACAGCUACACAGUGUUUACAUCCUGCUCCUCUUCCUCAACCAAUAGGAAUGCAUUCUCUCAAGAUGAAGAGAAUCAAUAACAAAAACAGAAAACGAGUGGCAGGAUGCAAGUUUCCUUUGGAGUUUUGUAGGAUACUCCUACCGCUGUUUGAUCAUGUGACUUUCUCAAACAUGGGAGGAUGAAGUUUGAGCGUUUCUUCUGAUUUGCGUGUGCGUGUGAGAAUGUUUAAUCGAAACAUAACACUACAACAAAAUCAACCCGUAUUAAAACGGAAGUAAAAUGGUUUUUAUUUUCUGUUAGUGCUCACUCAUUUUGAGAGAGGAAAAACAACAUUUGCAAUUGAAAUCAAGUGAGCGAGUAAGGGGAUGACAGAUCGAGAAAGACUGAGAUUGUGCAUGCCAGUUGAUUUCACUCCAGUCCGGAGUUAAUUUAACAUCAUAAUUGAUGUGAAUGUUCAAAUUUAGACAAUAUUCAUUAACUAGGGGGGGUCAUAUGGGAUAGAUUUACAUUUGACUUUCACAAUGUUUCAGUGCAAUAUUGAAAGCCCAGGCGUAUGUAACUGUGGUGUGUGACAGAAUCCAGAACACUCCUUAUUCAGGCAUUUCCUAGGCAACAGUCUCAAUCGUAUUCUCAUGGCAAUGUCCCUGGUUCUACAGCGAAGCCCCUGUGUCCUCAAUCCUUUAUAUUCACUGCCAGUUACAUGUCCUCGAGCUUAUAGAUGUGAUCUCAGCAUAAUGUUACACAAAAGUUAACAAUAGGAAUGAGGCAAAAAUGGCAAUUUUUAUCAAUGCAAUCAUGAGAUAAUUUAAAGUAGACCAUCGGAUGCAUAAAACUAAUGUUCAAUGAGGAUUAGUUCUCCCAAAAUUGAACAUUAUGGCAUCAUUUGCUCACCCUCAUACCAUCCCAGAUGUGUAUGACUUUCUUUCUUCUGCAGAACAUUAAUGAAGAUUUUUAGACGAAUAUUUCAACUCUGUUGGUGCUUUCAAUGGAGUACAUUUACAUUUUUGGGUGAACUAUCCCUUUAAGAAUGCUGCAUAUUUCUUUAAAUACAUGUUGAGUCACGCUGAUGAAAACAGCUGCUCGUGGAUCAUCUAAUCAAUAUAAAUGCUUUUUCGGUGUGAGUGCCUUGGAUUUUGCAAUUGGGGGAGGGAUGGAAUUACAGCCACAGAAAUGCUUGACUCAGGGCUGCGAUGUAGUUCUUCACAUUUCUUUUCUCUUGUAUUCCCUGUUUAGUUGGUUUUUACCAUUAGAUCCGAUUAUGAUGAAGUACUACAUCAUUUACUGUCAAUGCAUACACCAGUGAUUCCAAUAUUCCUUAGAUCGACCAUGUCACUUUGGAAGGCAAUGCUAAACCUGUUACAGUAAGUGACGUUUGUUUUGAAUUGCUCUUUUAACAGCUGAUCGGUUCCCCUUAUUCUCUCUGAUAUUUUUGACAAAGAUGAAACAAGUUACCUGAAUGUCCUUGUGUUCUGGUUGUUAAUGUGACAUUUCUUUAAAUAAAAGUUCUAAACAGUG